GGGUGUUGGCGAUUGUGGGAGUGGUGGUGACGAUUCCAUGUUGCUGUACAUGCUUUGCAAUUCGAUGUAUGGCGCUCCGAAUCCUGUUUGUUGCUGCAGAACGCUUGGGGAUGAAUACUGCUUUGCCUUCUGACUCCGCUUGUAGAUAGUAGCCAUAACAGCACAAAGGAUGGACAAGAGGCAUACAGCGGCGAAGGGUUGCGACGAGAGCGGGUUCUGUAAUGGAAUGCCGGAGGCUUUCGCCGCAGCCGUGGCCACCCUGCCGGUGCUGCUGCUUCUGACCGUGAUUUGCAACUCGUCCGGCAUGAAGAGGACCGCAUCGGCAUACGCAUUCUGCAUCACUUGUUUGAGAUGGAGGCCAUCUUUCUGGACGCUACCGAAAUUUCCAGUCCCGUCUUCUCCACCCCAGCAUCCGAAGAAAAUCCGAUGGGGCUCUCCGGUGACGGGGUCCCACUGAACGUCCAGGCCGGUAACGAGAGUGAACUGGCGUGCAAAGGAUUUGUCGGCAACAUUUAGGCGGCAAAAAUUCUUCACCUGCUCCUUGCCCAGAAACACAUCCUUGGUUUGUGAGGCAGCCUUCACCACCGGCAGUCCCUGCUCGUCUGUAGAAAUGUCAAUGGGGAUGCACUCGAUGCCGGCUUCAUAAACGGUCCUGCAGAAGUAGUCCGGCUUUUGUGUCCGGGGGUUGUAAUUCAAUCGCAAGCUUCCCCCGUCCCAGACACUCGCAUCAAAGUGGGCGCCAUCAAUGACCGUUCCAGUCCCGGUCAGAUCCUGGCGCUUCAAUCCGUCCUUGAUCGAAUUGGCCCCUUCGGGAAAGGCCCAGACACGCGAGGUCAGCUCUCCGGUAUCAAUACCAGGACUGAAUAAGACGCUCAUCAAGAAGGUUCUCCUAGAGCCGGUUUGAGAUGCCGGAAUGAUGGCCAGUCCUCCGUAGGGCAGGACGGCCUCUCGGCCCCGUGCGCUCUGGUAAACAAUCGAGACCGGUUCGGUGCAUCGUGGAAAGUUGCUGGAACGCGAAAAGUGAUCGUUGGCUUGCACCGUGUCCAAAAAGACACAAUCCGACUCUUCUGUCUUGAGCCUUGACACGCCGAGCGUCCACAUAAGUUUCUUGCUCGACGAGAAGGUGUCCCCGCAGUCCUUGUAAAAGCCCUCCCACGAAACAAACGUGUCUCCGGUGUGUUCGUCGAUCACGAAUGAUCGGACGAUCGUGUUCGCAUAUGUGUGAUGAUAUUCGUUGUUGGAGUCGAAUUCCUUGGCGUUGCUGUGAAAGCCUAGAUCUUCGUAGUCGGCCUUUGUGCAGCAGUCAAAGUCACACUCGUUCCAAUCGAUGACCGAUUGUGUUUUGAAGACCGACUCAAACUUGAGAGAGCCAUCGUGAUUCACAAUCUUCUUGUCGAAAUCGAUGGCAUCGGGAACCUGGGCGCGGACAAUUUCCCAAUCGCUAUCCUCUCCCUUCAAGUAGUGAGCCUUGUGGGUGUUGGCAUAGAGAUAGUUCUUCUUCUUCUUUCUAUCCAGAGGACUUUCCCGCAACGACGACAGGUCGAAUUGCAGAUUCCGCAACAAAAGUUCCGACUGAUC